AUGCUUUCUACACGUGUAGUUAGACUACCAAAGGUUAUUAGCGGGGGCAAUAAGCAACUGGCACGAGGGUUGGCCUCCCUUUCGGAUGAAAAGUCGUUAAACGAAGCAAACCCAACGGAUCUUGCAGGACUUAAAAGAAAGGCCAAAAGAAGACCUACGAAACUUGCUGAUGAAUUGAAGACAGGUCCAUCGUUCGCUGAUUUCGUCACGGGGAAGGCUAAGGACAUGCUAGUAGAUCCAUUGGAACUGGCGAGAAAUGACCCUAAUGCCCGUCUUCCCUCUUGGCUUAAAACGCAAAUCCCAAAGGGUAAAUCAUUCCACCAUUUAAAAUCAGACCUUAAAGAGCUAAAAUUGUCAACUGUUUGUGAAGAGGCAAAGUGUCCUAACAUUGGAGAGUGUUGGGGAGGUAAAAAAUCCGAAGCCACUGCAACGAUCAUGUUGAUGGGUGAUACAUGCACAAGAGGUUGUAGAUUCUGUUCAGUGAAGACUAAUAGAAACCCCGCUCCUCCAGAUCCGAAUGAACCUGAAAAUACUGCUGAGGCGAUUUCAAGAUGGGGAUUGGGAUAUGUUGUGUUGACCACAGUUGAUAGAGAUGAUCUUCCUGAUGGUGGAGCCCAUCAUUUGGCUUCCACAGUUACUAAGAUUAAGGAAAAAGCACCUCAGAUUUUAGUGGAGUGCCUUUCUGGAGAUUUCCGUGGAAAUCUUGAAAUGGCCAAGGUUUUAGCAUCAUCUCCACUAGACGUCUUUGCGCAUAAUUUGGAAACCGUCGAGGAUCUGACUCCCCAUAUCAGAGAUAGAAGAGCAACUUACAGACAAUCCUUAUCCGUGUUGAGGGCAGCUAAAGAGGCAAAUCCUAGACUGGUAACAAAGACCUCUUUAAUGUUAGGAUUCGGGGAAACAGACGAUCAAAUUCUUCAAACUUUACAUGACUUAAGGAACAUUUCAUGUGAUGUGGUCACUUUUGGCCAAUAUAUGAGACCAACGAAACGUCAUAUGAAGGUAGUAGAGUAUGUAACCCCUUCUAAAUUUGAGUAUUGGAGGGAUAAGGCUCUAGAAAUGGGAUUCCUAUAUUGUGCUUCAGGACCUUUAGUUAGAUCCAGUUACAAGGCUGGUGAAGCCUUUAUUGAGAACGUCAUCAAAAAGAGAAGGACAAACGUUGGAGCCAUCGAGGAACAGCAACACGACAAAGAAAAUAACAACUUACUAUUGAGCAAAGAAGACGAGAAGACAACCCAGGAGAAAGCCAAUUUCUAA